AUACUUGAAGCUUGCGGAUUGCCAGAACAGCCCCCUUUCCUCAUUUCAUCUCGCGCAACCCUUUUGAACAAUUUUACAAGGUUUCGAAAAGGAACCCCAAACCACCAAUUCCUUGUGCUCAAACCACUAUAAUGGCAGCAUCGCAUCGAGUUCUCCUUACGGGAGCAAACGGCUUCAUUGCGCAGCAUGUUCUGUCGCAACUUCUCGAAGCGGGGUUCUCGGUACGCGCCAUCGCUCGUUCAGAGUCCAAGAUUGACGUCCUCAAAAAGAGCUUCAGCAAAUAUGUGAGCACGCCGCAACUAGACUUUGGUGUCGUACCCGAUAUCACUGUUCCUGGCGCCUUCGACGGCGUCUUGGUAUCUAACCCUCCGUUCGACAUCGUCGUCCAUACGGCCUCCCCUUUCUUCAUCCGGGCGGUCAAAAGCACAGACUUUUUAGACCCAGCCAUUAAAGGCACAACAGAAAUUCUGUCGGGCAUAACUCGCGUGGCACCAAGCGUUAAGCGCGUCGUCGUCACAUCAUCGUUCGCUGCUAUUGGAGAUAUGGCUGCAAACCCAAUCGCGAACCCUCCAAGAAUCUAUACGAGAGAUGAUUGGAACCCUACGACGCUUGAACAAGCAUUAGCAACGGAUAACCCGAAUAUAACGUACCCGGCUAGUAAAGCACUUGCGGAGAAGGCGGCGUGGGAUUUUGUAAAAGAGGGCAAAGGCAACUUUGAGUUGGUGACGUUAAACCCGCCCGGCGUCUACGGGCCACUCUUCGACGCCUCCCAGAUUGCGAAGCCAGAAGACCUCAACGCAAGCACAAGCCUAAUUUAUCAGUCUCUUCUGCGGCCUGGCUUGAAGUCGACUGAUCCUGUUCCUACUACAUUUAUAUAUCUUUGGGUUGACGUACGCGACCUUGCACAAGCUCACGUACUGGCUGCCACCAAACCAGAGGCUGCAAACAAGCGAUGGUUUAUCGUUGCAGGUGAUUUAAGUUAUCAGGAAAUGGCCAACUAUCUGCGCGAGGCGUUGCCAGAGAAGAGAGACGUGAUACCCGUGGGCGAGCCGGAGAAGACGCAAAAACCAGAGGGAUUCUACGGAGCAAGCGCCCCUGAAACCGAACAGGUACUUGGUGUAAAGUAUAGGUCGGCUGCAGAGUCCAUCAAGGAUCUGGCGCCGCAGUUAGUUGAGAUCGAGAAGAGAGCGGCAGCUUCAUCCUCGUGAGUCAAGAUGUCAAGGUGUCAAGGUGUCAAGGUGCCGAGGUGUGAAGAUGGGAUAGAUUAGGUCGGUUGUUGUUUUUAUUGAAAUGGAAAGCCCAGCUCUUUAUCGAUAGUUGAAGGAGGGAAUGCAUAAUCAAUUCCACUUACCUUAUGUACCUAACAUUAGAUAGUAUAAAAUGUACUGUGUCGUGUUGCACAAACA